GUAAUAAAGCUUCUCAGCAAAGGAAAUUCGGGGAAAUUUUUUGAAAAAAUUUGGAAAAUGCCACGUUUCAGCAGUCAGAAAAGUAGUCGACAUUCCUCUCGCCUUCAUAAUCUCCGUGGAAGUCAUGGCAACCGAAAGCAGCGACAGGCUCCGCCCACUUUGCAGCCCCAGCAGGCAGGUGGAGCUGCCGGAGCACCAUCAGUCUCAUUUGAGAGAGGAGCUGGACAAAUGAACCCUUUAACUUCUGGGCGUCGUCACUCUUUUGAAGAUUUUGCUAAUUUAGACUCGGUUAUCGCAGAAAUGCUCCAAAAUAUUAAGAAUAUGGCUCAAGUUUUGCAGAAUGUUGGGACAGAUGGUCCAUGCACAUCAACAUCAUCAAUUGAACAAUCAGUGUACUUAUCAUCAACUUUUGAAAAUAUCCAACCAAUGAUGGCAGCGCUAAACGAGCAAGUUCAGCAAGGCCUAGAGCUCUUCCGCCCGCCGACCUGCCCGACCGCAGAACUUCUCCGUUCAACAGCUGAAAAACUUGAGGAAAUCGGAGAAUCUUCACUAUCUGACAAGCUAAACAACAAUCCAGAUACCCUACAAAACGCCACAUGGCAAACCAUGAAUACCGUACUCCGAGUGUUCUCACUGACCGAUCGGCAAGUGAUGGGAUACCUCCGUCACCUCAAAUCCCAGACGCCCUCCGCCAUGCCAAUUUUUCCACGGCACCUAGACACGUGUAAUACGUAUAUUGCACUUGGAGAUCACGGAGCAUAUUUCUUUGGGCAGGAUUUUGUGUGCAGGGCUCCAAUGCCGAAUGGCACACAGCAGAGGAGAAAUGUAGUGGAUCAGCCUGCCAACGCUGAAACCGGCUCCGACGUCUUCUGGUACGAGGCAUCCGACACCGAUGAUGAGUCUGCAACCGACUGAAACUCCCUCAAUACUCUACAAAUUCCGUGCCAUACGGGCUGAUAUCAAUUUUUUUUCGAAUUUUUUGGGAAUUUAAUUUUUUGUAUUUUUUUUUUCAAACUUUUUCAUUCGGUAACGGUUGUGAUGUGAAUAGCACAAUAAAUACAUGAAAAUUUACAAAAUUUU